UUCACACGGCCGUCCAUAACACAUAAAAAUCAUCUGUUCCGUGCCGAAAUAUAGGAAAUAAUCGCGUAAACGAGGAUAAUGACGCGAGUAGGUGGGGCCGCUCCGAAGACGCCCCUCUAGCUUUUUUUUUCUCGACGUCUGGGCGGCGCGAAGAGAACGCCUCACGUCCCACGCGCGCAACGCACCGACAUGCGCGACCGAACACGGGCGCUAUACAAACCGACGGCAACGCGCCGACGGUACACCGACUAAAACGUAAACAAACAAUAAAAUGCGAAUAAAAAACACGCGACAAACAUACACUAAAUACAAAAAAACGACGCGAGAACCCCUAGUUGCAGCGACAUAUAAAUAUCAACGAAGUUCAUACAAUAAAUUCUAAAACUCACGUUCUACAUUCCAGUUUGAAGCAAACAAUAACAUUUGAACUCGUUUUCGGACAUGUUUUGACGUUCAGUGACAGAAACAAACUAGUGUGUUGUGUCAAUUUUCGCGGUAAAAGUGACAAGUUGUAACGAUGAACCCGCGAAAAGAGGACCUAGUGUUACCAACAUGAAAAAACUUCGUGUUUUCAUUGGAAAUAACAGAAUGCAAAGGACAGUUCAUGCAGCGAUACUUUUCUUAUUGGUAUUUUUGUUGAAUAUAGCGAGUUCCCGAGACAACAUGCUGCCAACACACGUGAAGUUGAGCUCAUCGCUCACCUGUCGGCUCGUGGGCGGAUUGACCAGAGAACAAAGAUCCGUCUGCCACCAAGCACCCGAUACUGUCGCCAUAGCCUUCGAAGGUCUACAAUUAGCGGUCAAGGAAUGCCAGCAUCAGUUCCGUUGGCACAGGUGGAACUGUUCCAGCCUUAUGACCAAGAGCAGUAAUCCUCAUAGCAGUUCUAUUAUGAAAAGAGGAUUCCGUGAGACAUCAUUCCUCUACGCUCUUACAGCAGCAGGAGUGGCGCACUCCAUAGCUCGCGCUUGCGCACAAGGCCGCUUGAUAUCUUGUGGCUGCGAUCCUUUAGGAUAUCGAGCCUCACAUGACCCCCGCGGCAGAGCGAAGGUUGACAAAUGGGAGUGGAGUGGGUGUUCACAUAACUUGGCUUAUGGCAUCGAGUUCUCUAAGAAGUUCCUUGAUGUACGGGAGCAGGUGGACGACUUACAGUCCAAGAUCAACGUACAUAACAAUAAUGCUGGGAGAUCGAUUCUGUCAUCCCAUAUGGAGGUGCGAUGCAAAUGCCAUGGGUUGUCAGGUAGCUGUCAGCUUAGGACGUGCUGGAGAGCCACGCCUGACUUCAGAGCUGUAGCAUCUACCAUCAAACGACAGUAUAGAAAGGCGUUAAUGGUAGCUCAAGAGGAGUUAAAUAAUAGUCCCUCAGUUCUGAGAGGUAGACCCAGAGGCAAGAGGCGAGGGAAGGCGCGACCUGCUCCGAAGACCAGCCUGCUGUUCUUUGAGAGAUCACCAAGUUUCUGCGACGUGAACCCUAGAACGGACUCAGCUGGUACAUCAGGUCGGGUCUGUCGCAUCGGUCGGACGACAAGGACGGGAUCCUGUGACCUGCUCUGUUGCGGACGAGGUCAUGCCUUGAUCAGGAAGUCUAGUAUAAAACCUUGUAAUUGCACCUUCCAUUGGUGCUGCAGAGUCGACUGCGAAAGAUGUCGUGACGACAAAUGGAUUGCGAUUUGUAAGUAGUGCUGUAGUAAUGGCGCAAUGCAAUGAGGAUUUCUCAUUGGAGACUAAAUGGCCUAAAUGGUCCAAUGGGGAGGUGUUCUAUGUUAUAAACGAAGGCGGGAGUGAGGACUAAACUAAUUGUUAUCCGAAACUUACUUGACAUUGAAUUUAAUGUGAUUUUGGUAAGUUGAAGCUAAUUCUUCAUUCUUUUAAAAACGCUUUACUAUCACUAAUUUAAUCCUCUUUAAUUCUUCCUUAGAUUUUUAUUCUUAUUGUAAAGUUAUAAGAUUGAAAAUCGUGUAAGAUCUGCUCCACGGCGCUUUCGCUUAUGACAUAUGUACGUAGGGUAUUAAAAAAAGGUACUUAUUUAAACGCCUAAACUUAUCUCAAUACAUGUCUUCUACAUUACAAUGAAACUUAACUGUAAAGUACUCGUAGAAUGAAUAUUUCGAUAUUGAAACCAUUCCUUUAUGUACCUACAUUCCAUUAGCAAGUAACUUGUAUAUUUAUUGCGAAUAUGAAUUACCAAAUAAACGAUAUUACUUAUUUAAUUAAUUUAACACAGUUCAUAAUUUAAAAGUUAUACUUAAGUAUUGUAAGCAAGUAUAAAAAAUUAUGUAAUUGUAAUAAGCAUAGCAUCAAUCUUUUUAUCUGAAGGGGUAGGUAGGGGUAGG